UGGUCUUUCUCUUAGUGUGCUUGUGCUUGUGGUUGUGAGAGAAAGCAAACAAAAUGGCAGAGGCUAUUUCAAAGAAAGAAGAGGACUCCUUCACGUGUCCAGUCUGUCUAGAUCUGCUGAAGGAUCCAGUGACUAUUCCCUGUGGACAUAAUUUUUGCAUGAGGUGCAUUGAGGGUUGCUGGGAUCAGAGAGAAGACUACAGCUGCCCCCUGUGCAAAGACACCUUCACUCCCAGACCUAAACUAAAAAAAAAUCCUCUGAUUGCUGAAAUGGUGGAGACAUUUAUGAAGACCAGAAUCCAAGCUUCUCCUAUUACUCUCUCUAAUGCCGGACCUGGAGAUGUGGAGUGUGACGUCUGCACUGGGAGAAAACUCAAAGCUGUCAAAUCCUGUCUGGAAUGUCUGGUGUCAUACUGUGAAACUCACUACAAAGUUCACAAUGAAAUUAUUCCUGGACGAAAACACAAGGUGAUUGAUGCCACAGGCCAGCUACAGGACAGGAUCUGCUCUCAUCAUAAGAAGGUUUUUGAAAUAUUUUGUCGAACCGAUCAGAGUUGUAUCUGCUAUCUGUGCAUGGUGGACAAACAUAAAGGCCAUGACACAGUCUCAGCUGCAGCAGAAUGGACAGACAAACAGAGGCAGUUGGGGCAGACCCAGAGGAGAUUCCAUCUGAUAAUCCAGGAGAGAGAGAAGAAGCUGCAGGAUCUGAAGAAGGCUGUGGAGACUCUCAAGAGCUCUGCACAGACAGCAGUGGAGGACAGUGAGAGGAUCUUUACUGAGAUGAUCCGCUCCAUUGAGAGAAGGUGCUCUGAGGUGAAAGAGCUGAUCAGAGCCCAGGAGAAGGCUGAGGUGAGUCAGGCUGAAGGACUCCUGAAGCGACUGGAGCAGGAGAUUGCUGAGUUGAAGAGGAGAGAUGCUGAGCUGGAGCAGCUUUCACACACAGAGGAUCACAUCCAUUUGAUCAAGAAUUUCCCAUCAAUCAGAGACUCUCCUCGCUCCUCGCCCAGCAUGACCUUCAACCAAAGUUUCUUAUUUGAGGCUGUGAAGGAAUCUGUCUCUGGAGUGAAGGUGCAGCUGGAUGACAUCUUCAGGAAGGAAGUAGUCAGGAUAUCUGCAGCAGUGACGAAUAUCCAGAUCAUCCAGUCUUUAGAAUAUGCUGAUCCUGAGCUCCCAGUCACAAGAAAAGACAGUAAUGAGAUGCUGCCACCAAACAGUAAGUCAUUACUGACUGAUUCUAACAGUCUCUAAGCCUUUACAUCAGGGGUCUAGAACAGAAAUAAUAGUUUGACUGUUUCUUAUCACUGAUUUAAUCUGAUCUCAAUUAAAACCCUCUUUCAGCUGUGAGACGUAGGAGGCAUAGA